GUUUAUACAUCGCGAACUACUAUAAACACUCCACUUUGCUCAACUCCACUCGACGCAAACUCCUCCAACAGAGCAGAGCACAUCAGGAUAGUACCUGUGUCUCCUCAUCCCCAUCUACCCUCUUUAUUCGAGAAAUCAAGCCAGACAAUCGAGUCGACAGCUGUUAUCCUCGACCAUCCCUCUGCUCCCUCUUACUUCUGGAAGGAGAUACUAUAAAAAUGGCAGGCUUCAACACAAUCCAACGCCCCGCCUCAGGACCGCUUAGUCCGCGACCCCGAACGGAUCUCCAGCUCGCGGCGGAUGCGUGGAAGUUUGUGGGAAGGCAGGUGCAGAAGGUUCGAAAUCGGAGGCGGGAGAAGAAGGGUUCUGGUGAUAAGACGGAGUCGGGGUCGGUGUUUAGUGAGGCGGAGACGAUUGUUACGGAUGGGGAUCAAGGUACAAUGAAAGAGAGAAAGGAGGAAAAGGAAGAGAAGGAGGAGAAUGUUGAGGGGAAGGAUGGGGGGAAGUGAUGGCAGAUUUCUUUCGUGAUGCGCUUUUCUCUUUUUGAUAUCAGGCGGGUGGAUGGUGUUUGUUUGAUGUGGGUUUGGGGAGUUUGUGGUGCUAUCUUGGGUGUUGGGUAUUUGUAUUACUCUGAUUUGGGUUGGGGUGGACCCGGGAAGGGGGGUCCGGGGUUCUCCCCCGAAGAUACUUAUAUUCUGGUUAUAAGAUUGAGUCAAGCUGGGAAGCUGAAAGAAAAGAGGGGUCCGGGGGUUCUCCCCCGGAACGCUAUAUAGGUGGUUGUGGUUCUAGGGUAGAUGUGCUAGUGAGUUCAAAUGCUGUGUUUGUGAUAUGGGUCUG